CUAAAAUUAAGGCCCAAUUGGCUUUCUCAAUCAUCAUCAAACCCAGCCCCUCUCUUUGUCUCUGGAUUCCUUCACUUUCUUCUUCAAAUUCCGGCGAAGAAUUCCAUCUAUCGGUGGCACGCAGCCGCCUCUUAAAAUGGCGAAGUCCUGCAAAGGUCUGGCUACGGAGCUCGUCAAAUGUCUCAGUGAAUCGGAUUGCAUUAAGGUGGAGAACCGGCCGUACAGAGAGUGUGCAAAAGAGCAAAGCCCUAAUAUUUCGAGCGAGUGUGUGGGGCUGAGAGAAACGUAUUUCAACUGCAAGAGAGGACAGGUUGACAUGAGAGCUCGAAUUCGUGGAAACAAGGGUUAUUAGCCAUGGCGGUAUAUCACCUGACCAUGUGAAAGAAAGCAGAGACAUUGCUGGAUAUACAGUAAUGGAACUCCAUACUGAAGUCUAGCCAGUAACCAAGAGUGAAUCCUCCCUGCAUUAGCCACAAGAAAUAUGAUCUUGCCUGCUGUAUUACCUCCUUUGUUUAUCGAAUUAAUCAUACCGAUAUAGCAAGGUUAAGAUUCCUGUUGAAGAGUUUGUCAUUGGUUUCAAGCCUGCUUUUAUAUGGCAAUUGAUUGAAUCUAGAUUUAA